GCCAUGGCUAAUCAUGUCGUAGCUGGCAGUGAUGUCUCUUUCUUCCGUUGACCUCAUCAUCAGCUUGAAGAGAACACAGCAAUCGAUUCAAUUUAAAUCUAAUCCAUCUCGGUCGAACCAAUUUGCGAGCUCUGAUUUGGUCGGCCCAAAUGGUACGGUAUGAGCUCGUAAUGAUUGAGUAGCCGCCACCAACUUUGACCACAAAGCCCCCUUCUACUUGUUGGACUUCCAUCUCCUGGGCGAGAGGCCUUCUUAGCACUUCCUGCCCUCUGGUUUCUUGCCAUGGAAAAUGGGGGUUCCUGGGAGGGAGCGCAAAGAAGGCCACUGCUGGAUGAGAGUCAUUCAUCAAGUUGCUACAAAGAUGAUGAGCCAGUAGCAGUACAUCAAAGGCCUCAGCAACAAUGUGCACCUACUAACUACAAGGCACCACUCAUUAUUUUGGGAUUUUCAUUCUUAGAAGGCGUAGCUUUCAAUGGUGUUGGCAUUAACUUAAUUUUAUAUCUUCGUACUGUCCUCCAUGGGGCUAAUUCUUCAAAUGCUGCAAAUGUUGCUUCUUGGGGUGGAACUAGUUAUUUCACACCACUGCUUGGUGGCCUCCUUGCUGACACGUAUUGGGGAAAUUACAGGACAAUCGUCAUAUCCACUAUAUUGUACCUCCUGGGGAUGAUAACUGUUACUUCAUGUGCUGCAAUUCCAUCAUUGAAACCACCUCCAUGUGAUGUAAGCUCAUGUCAACCUGCAACUGGAGCUCAAAUGUUUGUAUUCUUUUCUGGGUUGUAUCUUAUUGCCUUUGGGAGUGGCGGAGUCAGAUCAGCUUUGCUUCCUUUUGGUGCGGACCAAUUUAGCGAUGGCGAGAACCCAGUAGAAAUGAGAAAGAAAGUAUCUUUCUUCAGUAUGUUCUAUGUAUGUUCCAUGUUAGGAGUGCUCAUUGCUGGUACUUUGAUAGUUUGGAUUCAAGAAAACAUCGAUUGGGCAGUUGGAUUUGGCAUUGCAACCAUAUGCAUGGCCUUAGCUUCUGGAGGCUUUUUACUGGGAACUCCGACGUAUAAGUUAAGGAUGCCAACUGGCAGUCCAAUGAAGAGUAUCAUUCAGGUAAUUGUUGCCACCUUUAGGAAGAUGCACCUGGAAGUGCCUACCGACGGUAAUCUCUUGUACGAGGUAGACAAGAAUAAUUCAGGGCAACAACAUUUGGCACAUACUGAUGAAUUCAGGUUCUUAGAUAAAGCUGCCACUAUUUCAGAUACGGAAACAAGUAAUAGUCAUGCUCAUACUUCAUGGACUCUAUGCACCAUUACUCAAGUCGAGGAGUUGAAAAUACUUCUGCGGAUGCUCCCAAUAUGGGCGACAUCCAUCGUGUAUUCAGCGGCAUGCACCCAAAUGAAUAAUACUUUCAUCCAACAAGGAAGUGUGAUGAACACAAGGAUUUGGUCCUUUUCCAUCCCUCCUGCAUCCUUGUCCUCCUUCGGAGUGAUGUGUGUCAUGGUCUGGGUUUUCAUUUACAAUAAGAUUAUAGCCCCGGCUGUUCAGAGGUGCUCUGCAAGUGGAGCAGGACUUUCUAAUCUGCAGAGGAUGGGAGUUGGCCGUUUUACGAUGAUUAUAUCAAUGACAACAGCAGCAAUUGUUGAAACCAAGAGAUUACAGGGAGUCAAGAAUGGUCAGACGAUGAGCAUAGCAUGGCAACUUCCCCAGUAUUUCAUCAUCUCAGGCUCAGAGGUCUUCAACUACAUUACGCAGCUUGAGUUCUUCUAUGCCCAGGCACCUGAUACCAUGCGGAGCAUCUGCACAUCAUUUGCAUUGCUCUCAACCGCAUUAGGAAAUUACUUGAGCUCUCUCAUCAUAACAUUUGUUUCUCUUGUUACAGCAAGUGGAGGGAAGCCUGGGUGGAUCCCGGAUGAUUUGAACGAGGGCCACCUUGAUUACUACUUCUACAGUCUUGCAGGAAUGUGUGCAGUAAAUUUCUGUGUUUAUGUAGUUUUUGCAAGGAGAUACAAGCUGAAGAGAGUCAUUUAGGAAAGGAGAAGGUGAAAAAUGUGUUCACACAACAAUUUCUAUGAAAUUUGAACAUGUUAAAAUGUCUGUAAUCGAAUUAUUUAUUUAAUCAUUUAAGGAUUUGAUA